AUGAACCCAAGUACGGCUUCGCCCGCAUCUGCUCGUUUGCACCCCAACAACCAGCAUCGUCGUGUGCUGGGAGAUGUGUCCCCCAAUGUCAGGCCUGCGGCACCGACUGGCACAUCCGGAGGCAAAAUGUUGUCGGGAAGUCCACUCAAACGCAGCUUUACCGCGGCCAUGGAGGGCGGCCAAGGCUUCCGCUAUCUCAAGAAGCGAAAGUUCUCUAUCGACUCCCCGUUGAGUCAGAUGAUGACGUCCGAGGAGGCGGCAGUCGCGCAGGAUAUCAAAAUCGAACCAGGCCACGCACAUCCACCCAGUACUAUCGAUCAUGACAAUGUGCCUAUGAUACUGCAACUCGAUCCUACACGGCCAAACACGCCCGCCAGUUCAGCCAACGGGGACGAAGACGGUCAGGAAUCCUCGGCCGACCGCAGAUCAUUCUCCUCGUUGAUCAAUUAUGAUCCAUCCUCACAAACAGCACCGAGUUCUCAGCAGCCAUCCGGCCUUGUGUUCAACGGGCCAUCUUACGCCGAAGUACUUAGGCUACGACUCCGUCUAGCGCAUUUCAAAGUCCGAACAAAUCAAAUCCACGUGCCGUUAAGCGACCUGCACGUGGAGGAGGAUGAGCAGGAACCGUCAGCCUCCAAAGAUGCAAUUGCAGGAUUACAGAUGGAAGAAGAGCCAACCGCAUCACACCAUUAUGCGCCGAAACUACUACCCGCUCCAAUCCUACGCCCAACUCCGUACAGCAGUCGUGUGAUCUACGACAUUCCUGAGCCGUGCUCUCCACCACCGGCUGACUCACCGGAUAAGCUGCCGUAUGGCUCAACUCUCUCGACUCCAAACAGCACCAGAAGGACCGGCCCCGACGAACAGGAGCUGACAAGCAGCAUUGUCAAAGGGCGCGUGGCUGAGGGACUGCUAGGCCUUAGGAACGCGUUCUAA